CUUGUAAUGGAAAAAAUGGAGCUGACCAAGACAUUGCUAUGGAAGGAUCUAAUGAUUUGUUCAUAGGCAACUGUGGUAGUACAGGAGAGUCAGAAGCAAAUGAUCGGGUUUUUUUCAGGUGAUGUAUGAAUCAUCUAACCUGCAUGGAUUCCAGGGAUCCAUUGUUUGGACAGAGUGACUCUCCUGCAGCCUUGCCCAUCGCAGGACGCCUCUCAGGAGGUUCUCCAUCAUCAGCUGCGCCUGCACGGCCACCCCAGCCGCAGCCUCAUUCUGCAGAGGAGUUCCACCUGGUAGACCAAACCGGACAGGCUCUCUAUGAGCUGCAGCCCCUAGGAGGGCCCAGUGCACAGAUGAUGAUUGUUGCCAGUCAGUCAGAAAAUGGACAGGUGCUGCAUGUCAUUCCUUCGGCCCAGCCAGGAAUGGCCCAAGUGAUUAUUCCUCAAGGUCAGCUUCUUGAUGUGACCAGCACACAGGAUGUUUCAGAAGAGAAAUGUGGUGAUGGGAACUUGCAGACCGUGGCGGUGGCUGCUAUAGCAGACAGUGCAAGCAGUUACAUUCUACAUCCACAGGCAUCUCUCACUAUAUCAAGGAAGACAACCACCAGAGUACUGGAAGAUUCCUUUCCCAUCCCUCUGCAGCCAUUGCCGCCAAAUACACCUGCAUGGGCGCGCCGUCUCAGGAACUGUGAGAAAAUUGGGGACUCGUACCGCGGCUAUUGUGUGAGCGAGGCAGAAUUAGAGAGUGUUCUAACGCUACACAAGCAGCAAACACAAAGUGUGUGGGGGACGCGCCAGUCUCCAAGCCCAGCCAAACCCGCCACACGGUUGAUGUGGAAAUCUCAGUAUGUCCCAUAUGAUGGGAUCCCCUUUGUCAAUGCAGGAAGCAGAGCCAUUGUAAUGGAGUGCCAAUAUGGGCCAAGAAGGAAAGGGUUCCAGCCCAAAAAAGCUGGUGAGCAGGAAAGCGCCUCUGGCCAUCUGUACAAAGCUACUUGUCCAGCAAGGAUCUAUAUUAAAAAGGUUCAAAAGUUUCCGGAAUACAGAGUUCCUACUGACCCUAAAAUUGACAAGAAAAUAAUAAGAAUGGAGCAGGAGAAAGCAUUCAACAUGCUGAAGAAGAACUUGAUAGAUGCUGGCGGUGUCCUCAGGUGGUAUGUACAGUUACCCACUCAGCAAGCCCACCAAUACCAUGAAAUGGAAACAUCCUGCCUUCCUCCUUCACCAUCCCAUUUUUCUGUGUCUUCUCCUGAGGAGGAGGAGGAAGUUGUUAGGGAUGAGAACUGUACUCUGCCUUCCCGACUUCAUCCUCAAGUGGCAGACAAGAUCCGAGAACUGGUGUCUCAGGGAAUAGAGCAGGUCUAUGCAGUGAGGAAGCAACUAAGAAAGUAUGUGGAAAGAGAAUUAUUCAAGCCUGAUGAAGUGCCAGAAAGACAUAACCUGUCCUUCUUCCCCACUGUGAAUGACAUCAAGAACCACAUUCAUGAAGUGCAGAAAUCCCUGAGGAAUGGCGAGAUGGUGUAUAAUUCAGAAAGUAUCCCAGCAACGCUGCAGUGGACUACAGACAGUGGGAAUGUUCUCACAGAAACAGUGACUGUUACGUUUGCAUCACCACUUUCAGAUGGGAGCUCAGCAGGGGAGUCAGUCGUCACCAAAGCAGAAUCCAACCAGAGCGGGGAGUCCUUGCUACCAGAAACAGCACAGCUGUUGUCUUCACUCUCUUCACUUCAGCCCAAGAUAUUUGCACAACUUCAGGGAUUACAGCUGCAGUCAACUUUUACCUCCACAAAUGGAUCAACGGCCCUGAUAGCUGUAAAUAACCAUUCCCCUCCCAGCCCUGCAAGUCUCCUGGAUUCCAUAGGGAGUGCAAUAAGCAACCAUUCUCUAGUACUUAGUCAGGGACACAGUCUGCAAGCAGGUGCUGGCCUAACAGAGCAUAGCGCUGCUGCCUCUGCUUUUGGGACUCUGCCUGGCUCUGAUCAGAGCCUGGUCACCAUGGGCCAAUUGGUAGCAGUUGGAGGGGUAGAUGACUCCAGAAGCCUAGAAGGAGGAGUCCAUCAGAUUCUUCUGGGAGAUGUACAGAGUAUUCCAGUACGGAUUGUGGACAGCCAUCCAGCACUUACUGAAGAAAAUACAGAGGGUGUGAGCCAAAUUAAACAAGAGCCAAGAGAAAAAGCAUUGUCUACGGAGCCAGAUAAAAUCAGAGACUGCCAUAGUUCCUCACCUAUUUAA